AUGAAUGGAACUAUGAAGAUCUGCUUGGAGGUUACUCUGAACGGAUCAAAUCAAACAGUCAUCCCUCAAAAGGAAGAGUUUUUGCAUGGACCUUACAUCGCAGCUGAAGUAAUGAUAUCCAUUCUGUCUGCAUUUGGAAAUCUACUGGUUUGCAUUGCAGUGGGAUGCAACAAGAAGCUCCGAACAGUCACCAACUACUUCUUGGUCUCUUUGGCAGCAGCUGAUUUCUUUGUAGGCACACUGGCCAUUCCCUUUGCUAUUAUGACAGACCUGGGUCUCCCCCUUAAUAAUCUAUACCUGUGCGCUACUAUUGUGUACAUGCUUAUCACAUUAACCCAGAGCUCUGUCUUCAGCUUGCUAGCAAUAGCCAUUGAGCGCUAUGUGGCAAUCCUGUUGCCGUUCCACUACCAGAGGCUCUUGAAGCCAAGGAAUGCUCGGCUAGUCAUACUGCUAACCUGGUUUCUCGCUUUCCUUUUGAGCUCAAUGCCGCUGCUAAACUUUCAGAACCGAUCCAGUCAGAUUAACUACUGCUUCUUUGCCUGUGUGGUGGACAUGGCCUUCAUGGUGUACUUCAACUUCUUUGGCUGUGUUCUGAUUCCUCUGCUGGCAAUGUUUUUCAUUUAUGCUCACAUCUUCAUAACCGUGAGGAGGCAGGUGAGGCGCAUUGCAGCAUUACACAGUGCAUUAGAAGUGCAACCUAGGCAAAAUUCAGCCAUGCGACGUGAAGCAAAGAAGGCCACCUCAAUUUUCCUGCUUAUCUUCCUUUUUGUGCUGUGCUGGAUGCCAAUUCACAUUCUGAAUUGCUUGCAGCAGUUCUGUCCACAGUGCAUAGUGCCAUUGCCUCUUAUUUUGACAGCAAUCAUUCUUUCCCAUGCCAAUUCGGCCAUUAACCCUCUGCUCUAUACCUAUAGGAUGAAAUCCUUCCGUCAGGCAUUCAAAGGCAUGUUUAUUUGUUGUCGAGUUACUCCUCCACUCUCUGAUACUACUGAAAGUAACGGGACUUAA